AGAAGGAAGAAGUUCUGGCGUUGGUUUUUCUUCCGGGUCAUCUUGAAGUCGGCGCAUGCUAGCAAAGAUAGACACUCUAAUGUUUAAAUUGAGUAUGUUUGACUCAGAAUUAGCGUGCACACUGAAAUGACAUGAGGACACGUUGACUGUAACGCAUUGACAACGCAUAAACAGUAUCGGCAGACGAUGAUAGAACCAGAGCUGCUGACCGAGGUCCCCGCGGCGCUUAAGCGGCUGGCGAAGCAGGUUGUGAGAGGCUUUUAUGGAGUGGAGCACGCCCUGGCCCUGGACGUGCUGAUCCGUAAUCCAUGUGUACGUGAAGAAGACAUGCUGGAGCUGCUCAAGUUUGACCGCAAACAGCUGCGCUCAGUACUCAACACCCUGAAGGCAGACAAGUUUGUGAAGUGCCGCAUGAGAGUGGAGACAGCCCCUGAUGGCAAAACUACAAGACACAACUACUACUUCAUCAACUACAGGGUACUUGUCAAUGUAGUGAAGUAUAAACUGGAUCACAUGCGACGGCGCAUUGAGACAGAUGAGCGAGACUCCACCAACCGUGCCUCCUUCAGGUGUCCGUGUUGCUUCUCCACCUUCACUGACCUGGAGGCCAACCAGCUGUUUGACCCUAUGACAGGUACAUUUCGCUGCACCUUCUGCCAGACUGAGGUGGAAGAGGAUGAGUCGGUCUGUCCCGAUGCCAGGACACUGGUGGCGCGCUUCAACGAGCAGAUCGAACCCAUCUACGCCCUGCUGCGCGAGACCGAGGAUGUCAACUUGUCCCACGAUCUGCUGGAGCCUGAGCCCACCGAGAUCCCCGCUCUCAAACAGAGCCGUGAACGUGCUGCAGCAUCGGGAGUAAACGCUGCAGGUGGCCCGCAUCGUGAAGCCUGGUCCAACAAGGGUUCAGCCUACGCCGACCUGUACACCCAGAAUGUGGUCAUCAGCAUGGAGGAGCAGGAUGAACAGCAGAAGCAGGCCAACGAAAAGGCACCUAAGGAGAGACCUGUGUGGUUGACCCAGAGCACCGUCCAGGGUGCCUAUAACGAGCUCGACGCCAAGAACCGUGACAUUGCCCACGAAGCCCAGGAUGGAGCUGCUGGCCACGGAAUUGGCCAGGCAAAUGAGAACGAGGAGGUGAUGCGCGCUCUACUCAUCCAUGAGAAGAGAAGUGUGGCAGGUGGAGGUGGAGGUGGAGCAAGUGCCGCUGCCAGGGGGCUCGCCUCCGCCACAGCUAAUGCCAGCGACUCGGAGAGCGACACCAGCGAAUCAGACGAGGACACCCCGUCGGGUCCUCCCCCUCCCACAGCUGCUCGGCAUCUGGCCGUCGAGGAGGAGGAGGAGGACGAAGACGAGUUCGAGGAGGUGGGGGAUGAGCCGGUGGUGAUGGUCGGGGGCCGGCCGUUCUCGUAUCAGGAGGUGAGCCAGAGGCCAGAGCUGGUGGAGCAGAUGUCUGCGCAGGAGAAGGAGGCAUACAUUGAAAUGGGACAAAACCUGUUCCAGGACAUGUACUUCUGAAUGACACAUCCUGUUAUUACACAAACAGUUACACAAAUAAUGCCCUCGACUCAUUUGGCUUCGAGGGCCCAAAUAUACGAUAUACCUCUGCUGUCUCACCGUCAGCGAAGGAAAAGAUGCUGCACAAGAAGUAUUCACAGUUGGAGUCUUGCUUCUGCAUUCAAAGAACCAAGGCCAGUAUUGCUGAACUAAUCCCACUCGUAGUAUUCUUCACCAAGUGUUUUUUCUUCCAAAAACCAAACCAGAAGCAGACUAGCCAGCUGCAGUUUGUGCACAAAGUGCCAAUUAGUUUUUGGUUGGCCAGUUUUAUUUUCAUUUCAGCUCGUAAACUCAACAGGUUGUCUACACCAGCUGCACAAAUAAAUUGGAAGAAGGAAACCCAAGCCUGUUUUUUACACUUUAAUUUCAUUCUCAUUUGUGCUUAACAAUAUUGAUUGUGUAUUGGGCUGUAAGAAGUGCGAUAAGAUGUCUGACUGACACACUGCCUGAGGACUGGAGCUUGUGCAUCUGAUGUUCUGCUGCCGUUGUCGUGUUGCUGGUUUGAAUAAGGUGGUAGUCUAAUUUAACUACACGGAACUGAUUUAGAGAAACUAAAAGUCUCCAAGAGCAGAAGGCUGUGGUUAGGAGUCAGCAUUUUAUUCUUCAGCACACAUAAUACAAUACAGACAUAAAAUGAACUGAAUGUGGUUAAAACAUGACUGAAGUUACAUGGUACAGUAAUAAUAUAUGUAAUGGAAAUGUAAAAGUCAUCGCAACAAUCUAAGCAGCACGUCGUGAGUGGCAGUUAAACUGUGGCCUUGGAACAGAGUGUACAUACUUUUGAAUUCAGUUACUCUCAUUAUUUUCAGCUGUAGUCUCUUAAUAAACCAUUUUCUUUGUACCUUACA